AUGGACAGCGAUGGAAAUGUGAGUUUUCAAAAAAAAUUUUUUGAAAAAAAAUAUAAUCUGAUUUUUGAUGCAGAGUGUAAAUUCAAGCGAAGAUGAAGCGUUCGAAACUUGUCGUGUCUGUGAAGUGGAUUUGGAUGAAUCUAUUGAAAAAAUCAGGAUUCCAAUGGAUCCUCAAGAAGCGAUGAGAUGGAUUCAACUUCUUGGCCAAAGGUGCUUCGAAAAUUGGUAUACCUAUCCUGCCCCGCAUUUCAUUUGUAUGAACCAUGCAUUAGAUCAUGAUUUGAUUUGUUGA